CUAUGCGAUUGACGGAGCCGGACGCGCUGCUGCCUCUGCGGCUUUAAAAUAUUAAACAUACAUAUAGUAUACAAAAUCCAAUUUUGUACAUUUAAGUAAUUGUGCAAUUCUUCGGAGAACUUGCAAGAUUUACUGUUAAAAAAUUGAACUCGAAAAAAUUUAAGAAAUUCUUUUGAAUAAAAAGUGUUGACAUAUAACUGUUACAAAAAAUCAAAGCUGUAAAACAAGAUGUGGAAGGCAUCACUGUUCCUGUUGCUGCUCAGCGUCGCGAUUGUGACGUCACAGCGCACGUCAUUGGAUGUGGCUUUGAAGCAUGCAUAUCGUCCACUGAGAUUGCUGGGUUUGGCCUUCUCUGGUCGCUCUGGCGACGAGUCAGCAAACGUGCAACGUGUGCGGGAUGCGGGCAAAACUCAAAAUUCGAAUGCACGCACGCGUUCUUUGCUGCAAUUCUGUGAUGCAGAACAUGGACCUGGAAGACGCAGCGAUCAGCGACCCACGAGUGUGCAUCGUUUGAGACCCGGCGACAUAGACAUCAUUGGAGGAAUGGGUGACUCUUUGACCGCUGGCAAUGGCAUCUUUGCCACCAAUUUGGUGCAUGUUACUGUGGAGAAUCGAGGUGCUUCGUGGUCCAUUGGCGGCCAAUACAAUUGGCGAAAAUAUCUAACGUUGCCCAAUAUUCUCAAGGAGUUCAAUCCUAAUCUCUAUGGAUACUCCCUAAAGGACGGUCUAUCCACAGAGCGCUCAUCGCGUUUCAAUGUUGCCGAAUUGGCUGCCAUGUCCCGAGAUAUUCCCUAUAUGGCCAAAGUUCUGGUAAAGCGCUUGCAACAUGAUCCCAAAGUGAAUAUGACCCACGACUGGAAACUGGUCACGUUGUUUAUAGGCAACAAUGAUUUCUGCACCGAUAUUUGCUUUUAUCCCAAGCCCGAACUGACAGUUUCCUAUCAUGAGCAGAAUAUGCUAAAGACCUAUCGUUAUUUGAGGGAUCAUGUGCCGCGCCUGCUGCUCAAUGUGGUGCCAGCACCCAACUUGAGAUUUCUAGCGAAUCUCUCGGGUCUGCCUCCAGUUUGUUAUAGCACCUUGCGCUUUGAGUGUCCCUGUUUGCUGGGCAAGACCAAAGCUCACUUGGAUUACUAUGAAGGCAUUAUGAAGCGUUGGAUAGCCAAGGAUUAUGAGAUUGUCAAUAUGCCAGAGUUUAAUACCGAGACCUUUACCAUCAAUUUGCAGCCUUUCUCGCAGUUUGAGGACUUUCCCCGCACCCAAAGUGGACAAACCGAUACGCGAUUCUUCUCCGAGGAUUGCUUUCAUCUAAGUCAACGUGGACAUGCCGCCGCAGCGAAUGCUAUUUGGAAUAAUAUGCUGGAGAUGGAGGGCGAGAAAAGCGGAUUCAAUCCGCGCUUGUUUGAGAAGUUUCGUUGUCCCACCGAGAAGCGUCCUUUUCUGAUCACCCGGGUGAACAGUCAAGCCGAUUUCAUCGUCUAACAAUCGUCACCAAAUCUGCCCUAUUAUAUAACAACCUCUGUGAUAUCUGUCCUAAGUCUCUACUAUCCAUAUGUUUGUCAAAUUCAUUUACACUUUGAUAAAUAUACAUUUAAGUAUCUGAAAACUUCAGUUCACUUCAGUACGGCUAAUGAGUAAGUCAAA